GGUGGGGGUGGGGGGGGGGGGGAGGGAGGCUGGCCCGAGGGAAAGGGCUCGUUUGUAGAAACAUUGGAUGCGCAUAAAGUAUGGCGCGGCUUUGCCAGCUGGCGGUUGGAGAGGUGUUAGCGCCUGCGCCGGCGGCAGGCCUGGCGCGGACUUCCGAUUGGUUGCGCAGCUUUGCGGGGGCUAGCUGGAUUGCAUAUGCGGGAGAGGGGGGAACCGUGGUCAUCGCCAGUGGUCCUCCAGCGCCGACCGGUCGCGAGAGCGUUGCGCCUCAUCAGCACUUCCAGCAGGUUCUUCGUUUUCGGGGGGGCUUCUGCGCCGGCGGCCACGCGGGGGCGGAGUCGGAGCCGGGGGGGAGUUUCGUCGUCGGAGGGGGGGGUGGUUAUACGGGCGCAGAUGGCGGGUUCAGAGGCGGUGGAUGGGAUCGGGAUAUGGGAAGCGAAACGGGGAUGUCCUCCGAUGGAGGUCUGGGACUGGGUAUGGCCAUACCUGACGAAGCCAUCGCUCCGUACGACGUGUCAUGUCUGGCAUGGGGAGGUACAGGGCGCAGCGCAGGGACGCUUGCCGUCGCUUACGGUCGACUGGUGCAUAUUCUAUCUCCUCAAGGCGUUGCUAAAGGAUGGAAUCCUGUCGUUGAUCUUCCAGCGAGCCCACUGUCAUGGAAAUGCAGCGCAUCGCUGAGUCAUCAAGGGCCCGUGAGCUGUCUGUCGUGGACGGAAUCCGGUGAUGGGUUGCUGAGUGCCGGAGUGGAGGUGGUGAUGUGGCGCCGUCGGAGGACUGCCGGGCAAGAGGGGUGGGUGACGUGGCAGAGGCUCUGGCAAAGAACUCCGCCCCUACGGCAUCACUUAGCGGCAGCGUCAUGGAGCGCUGAUCUGUUUUGUGCGUCUUCGGAAGGGGUGGAUACGUUGGGCGACGUUGUAGAUGCCGCCCAGAUCCCGGCUAGCUUUGGCGGGGAAGGGCAACGGGAAGACCCCUUGUCGUUGUCGAGGAGGGUUGGGGGAGAGAAUGGCGCGAGCGGGGGGAGAAGUAUUGGGGGGGCGGCGCCGAUGGUGAGCGGGCAGGCAUGGAAAGGGAAAGGAAAGGCGACAAUCUGGUGGUGGACGACGGAAAGGGCAGAGGGGGAGGAAGGGGGAGAGGUGGCGGCGGCGGCGGCGGCGGAAGGGGAGGGCGGUGCGCCGAGGAGCGAGGCUUCGUCGUCUGCGCUGUCUGUUGGAGGGGGUGACGGGGGUACUGACGAGUGUGAGAAACGGGGGCCGGAAUCAGAGGGGACUUUGGUAGAGAUAGAGCUGCCGCAUGCCGGGAAAGUGUUGUCGCUGCAGUGGCGGCCGGAGAAGACGAGUGUGGUGGGGUCGUACGGCGAGGGGGUGUCGGCAGGGGGAGGGGGGUGGAGGAGAAGAGGUGGUCACAUUUUUAGACCCGUACUUUUGACCAACUGCGAGGAUGGGACGGUGAGGUUAUGGAUAGAGAUAGAUAGCACCUUUGGGAGACUUGGAGGAGGAGGAGGAGGAGGUGGGAGUAAGAAUGCAGGAGCAGGAGCAGGGUGCCGGGGGGGAGGGAGAAGGGGUGUGUAUCGGCCUGUGUUCUUUGUGGCGACGGUCAUCGAGCUGGGAUUUGGGGGGUGGGGUGUGCCGCGGGCUCCUAGCGGCGAAGGGGGAAGAGAUGCCUGGCAAGGUACUACAGUGACGUGGGCGCAGGAGGUAAGAGCGGGGGGCUCCGCCGCGCAGCUCCAGCAGCAGCAGCGCCCGGGCGGAGCGGCGGCGGCAGGUUCGAUGGCUACGACUCCCUCCGUCGCCGCCGGCGAUGGCCACGUGGCGCCCUGUGAGUGGAUUGUCGGUAUCUCACUUGAGGGAACCGUGACCAUGUGGGCCGUCUACUUCCUGGACGAUGUGAUGCCUCCACGUUGCCCUCGCGUGAUUACGUGGCAGGAGGGGGUUCGUCUGCUCCCACCACUUGGCAGCAGCAGUGAUUCGAUCGCCGCUCAUCUAGCGAUGACAGGAGGAGGCGGCGGGAGGUCCACGUUCUCGUACCCUUCUCGGCGGUUUGGCGCGGGCAGCGAGGUGCUCAGGUGUGUCGUGCAGCGCGCCGAGGGAGCGUCCGGCAGCACCCCCACUGCAGUAGAAGUGUGCGAGAAACUCCCACAUGGGGGGUUCCGCUUCAGUCGGCUCUGGCCUCCUGUGACGGCCGUCGGACCUGGAGGGGGGAGGGGAAUCGGCACCGCCGCCAGCGGAGGAAUUGCGGGGGGAGGGGGGGGUGUUGCUGUAGGCGUCCUUAGCGGGGUAGGGAGCCAGAAGAUGGGCGGCGCUUGGGGGGUGGCCAGCGAGGUGUUGGAACUGGUUGGACACGAGGCCAGGGUCGUCGAUCUCGCACUUCACCCAUCCCCGGGAAUGUCAAUAGGUGCAAGCCUCGACGAGCAGGGUAGGGUGAUGACGUGGCGGACCUGCGAGGAUGCUUGCUCACCCGGCUUGAUGUCCGUCUCUCCAACCACUCUCAGUGGUGCUCGGAGAUUGCCGAUAAGAUAUUAUCCUGACGGAUCAGCAGCAGCAGCAGCAGGGGAGGAGGACUGCCAAGUGCCGCCAUACUACAACUCCCUGGUUUGGGCCGACGUUGUAGUGGGUCAGGGGGGCGAGGGCAGACGGGGCCUGCUGAUCGCUGCCCACAACACAGGCGUGGAGAUAUGGGCAGUGAGGGAGGGCGAUCGUUGUAAAAAGGCUGGAGGGAGAGGUGGUGGGGGCGUGAGAGGAGGAGCCGCAGAGACAUCGACCACGACCGCCUUUGGGGCACCAGCAGGAGGCCCAUCGUCGACGAUGAAUGUGGCAGACGACAGCAGCAGCAGCAGCUUUUCAUCUUGUGUCGCCACGUGGGAGAUGCCACGGGACUUGCUAGGGGAAGGAAUUGAGCGGAUCUUCCUCCUCCCUGCCGAUUCCCCUCCUAAACGAGGAGGAGGUCCGGACGAAGAGUUCUUCCUGCUGGUGGUUGUCGCUAAUGCUGGCUUAACCAUGGUUGGACUAAAGGUUAUUUUUAGCGCAGCGGGAGGGGGAAGGUUCGGGUCGUCCAUCCGGGGGGACGAAUCAACGGCAGUGCUACGUUGGUUUGUUGGAGGGGGUACCCCGGCGGCGGAGCUCCCGGGAGCUGGGGAGGAGAGGGACGGCUGUGUGUUUGACGGUGAUGAUGGGAGGAGGCUGCAAAGGAAACCAGAAGGCGGCGGGGAAGAAGAAGGCCGCCAAGUGAAAGGCGAAGGAGGGGGUUUGCAAGUAAGGACGGAGGUUGUCGCUGUAUGGAGAGGGUCAGAUGACAGCGUCAGUGGUGCGUGGGGCCAGGAGAGAUUGACCGCUGCUGAGGCGAUCCCGACGGAGAUGGGACCAUCGGCGUGGUGGGAGGUCAUGACACUUGCCAGAGACAGCAGGGGAGUGGGAGCGAGGAAGGUUGGCGAUGGCGGUGAUGGAGAAGCUGGGAGGGUAGCCAGUACUGCUGCGUCUCGCUCAUUGCCCUAUCAGUUCGUGACGGGCAAUGCAGAUGGAAAGCUCCAAUUCUGGAGGCUACGUGUACCCUCCUCCUCGGCUUCUGAGGCACUUCCCAGAGAGAGGAAGUCCUGGAUAAGUAGCCGCGAUGAAGAUGCAUUGGGAUCGGGAUAUGCGUCGUCCGAAGCUGCAGGACCGGGGAAUGUCAGCAGCGCUGUGGACACAAACGGAGGAGUAGGAGGAUGGGAGUGUGUGGGAUGGGUGCGCGCUCACGAGGGGCCUGUUGCUUGCGUGGCUAGUGCCAGGGGAGGAUGCCGCUUGGCAUCAGCGGAGGCGGGAGUGAUGGAUGACGUGGCAGCACCGUGUGUUCGCAUCUGGCAGGCUGAUGCUGCCUAUGACGAUGCUGCUGCUGCUGCUGCAUCGUCAUCGUCAUCACCCGGCCAAGGCUGGGGUUCUGGGUUUGAGUGCGAGGGGAUGUUAUCUCUACCGGAGCCUGUGGUGUCAUUACAGUGGGAGGAACCGGGCAAUGGGCAGCUCUUGCUUGCUGUGGGGACGCUGGGCGCAAUGAGAGUGUACGCGCAGCGGGCGGUGAAGGUCACGUGGGGAGAUGGGAGGCGGAGACGUUCUCCUGUCUGUCGUAGUGGAGGAUGGGUGUGUAUUGCUUACUUGGAGACGAGGGGGGAACGUCUCGGAUGUCUUAAUUGGAAUCUUCGUGGAGGGCUCAUCGCGGCAGUGGGGAUGGAGGUGUGGGUGGUGAGUAGGUGGGUUCUCGUCACACCCAUGACAAUAGAGGACACGGAGGACGUGGUUUGGGGAGCAGCCGGAGAGAUGCUCGAGGUUGCAUCUGAAGCCGGCGGGAGCCUUUAUCAUCCCCUACCCCCACCUGGUGCGGGUGGGGGGGGCCGUGGGUUCCUCCCCAGCCAUCCCUCGCUUGGGUCAUUGGUUAGUUAUCCGUCGAUGCAGUCGUUGCUGCAUCACUCUGUUUCGGUUCCGGCGCUGACAAAGCUGGGGGCAGGGUCGUCCCUUGGGGGAUGGGGAGGAGGGGGCAAUGCUGGCACGCCGAGAAGGAUGUUCAAUUCUCCGUCUACGACGAGCCUGAACAUGUCUUCCGCACUUUCCACAGCUUCCUCUCCCCCUCUUUCCCUCUUCUCUGUACGAACUGGUCAAAAUCGACGAUUCCCACACUCGCAGUCCACCCCAGCGCUCUCCUCCCUUCGCCAGGUCACAUCGAUGGGGUCCAUUGCCACGGCGGGGAUCGGGAUGGAUUAUGGAUAUCAGGAUGACUGUCUCCAGACCGAUGAGACGGAAGGGGUGCCGGUAGAGCUGGUUGUGGGGCAGGUGUUGCCGCUUCUUGAAGCCGCCAAGGCCGUUGGAGCAUCCUUGCCGGACUAUCAUCCACGUGUCCUUAUCCAGUAUCUAUACUCCGGACACUUUGGCAGGGCAAGGGCCUGCAUCCGGCAUCUGGCACGUGCGUUGUUGGGUAGUGCACCAUCUGGGGGAGAAGGAAAAGAAAAAGAGAAGGGACGGGCGUUCGACAGGCAAGAGGAUGGACCGGCAGGUCCUUCCAUGAGCAGGGCUAAUGGAACUUGUGGUUGGCCCAACCUUAUCCCCAGUGUUAGUCUUGUGGAGAUGCUGGAUGGUGAGAUCGAACAGACCGGGGCUGCGGAGAGUCAGUCCAGUGUCAAGUCAGGUCUCCUCCCAGGUGGCAGUAAUACCGGUACCUUUGGUUUCGGGUCUUCUUCAGGUUAUGGAGCUACUGCACGAAUGGGUGGUGGUGCUAGAGGCAUGGCGAAUGGGUUCGGCGGCAGCAUACUUGACAAGUAUUCCUUUCUUAACUCAACCACAUGGAUGGACGAAGAGUUUGGAGACAUCAAUGCACCUGGUAAAGGUAGGGAAGGUGCAGAGUCCCUGAGUGAGCAGCAAGGGCUGAUAAAGAGGGGUGGUAAGGAAGCGAUGACCGAGGAGGAAGCAAAGGUCGUGCUUGAUGCAUUGAAGGGGAAGGAUAGGGGAGAACUGUUGCUAGGAGAGGGGGAAAAGGUGCAGUUGCUUGCAGUUGUGGAUGUGCUUGCGGAAACAGACUCGCAACGAACGCGAGGAGGCUCUGGAGAGGGGCUUGACAGAAUGGCUAAGCGUUUCAGGGUUGCAUCACGCCUGAGAACUGCAUUGAUGCAGAGGAAGAAAGAAUGUGUAGCUGCCAGUUCGGGCGCGGAUUCUGGUCCUGGAAUGGGCACAGGCUCCGGUGCAGCGCCGCUGUCAACGGCAGCGAAGCAAAAAGCUGUGGAAUCACCAGUUCCUGUUGGGUCAGUGGAAAUAGCAUGGGUGCUUCAUUCGGAGGCGAAGGCAGCUCUCUACGAUAUGUGCGUGGAGGAUCCUCCUUCUUGGCCUGCUCUGUCGGAGUUGGGCGUGGGCUAUUGGCUGACGAAUCCGGCAGACUUGAGACCCAGAAUGGAGAAACUGGCAAGAGCUCAGUACCUUCUCAAAAAGGAUCCAAAAGAUUGUUUUUUGCUGUACCUAGCACUUGACAGGAAGGCGGUGCUUGCUGGGUUGAUGAAGCUGAGCAAAGAUGAAAGGGAUAAAAAGCUUUAUGAGUUCCUUGGACGAGACUUCAAGGAGGAGAAGAAUCGUGCAGCUGCACUGAAGAAUGCUUAUGUGCUGAUGGGGCAGCACCGUUAUGAACUAGCAAGCGGGUUCUUCCUUCUGGGUGGUGAUAUGCUUUCCGCGGCCACUGUUUGCGUCAAGAACAUGGACGACCCGCAGCUUGGACUUGUGAUCUGCCGGUUAAAAGAAAGCUCACCCUCUGGGGGCGAGUCCUUAGGAAAGGUGGGAUUAGAAAUGGUCAAUCGGUAUAUGUUGAAGGCAGCUAGAGAUGCAGGUGACCGAUGGAAGGCCAGCAUGCUUCUAUGGAUUGUGGGGAACAAAUUGGGGGCGAUGAAGGAGGUUGUUGGUUUUGACAAAGGUGAUAGUAAUGACAGCCCGGUCAAGGACAGUGGCGGUGGCAGGGAUUUUGAGAGGAGAUUGCGAAGGGCGAGAAGUGGAAGGUUUUCGUCGGAGAGUGUUGGUGCUGAUCUGAAUCUUGCAGACGAGGAUGAGCAGUCAUGUAUGCGAGAGCCUGGUACUCUGUGGCCGUUGGAUCCUGAGGUAGGGGAUUAUUGUGGCAUGAUUGCAUCUAAGCCAGCAAUGCAACUGGGCACCGUUGAGCAGGAAGCAAAGCGUAUUGCUGUCCUAGCAUCUAUACGUGCAGCGUAUGCCUUUGACCGAGCAGGGAUGCAGCUUGAGGCAUUGGAGCGUCUGCCGGGUAUAAAUGGUGCUGUUGGAAGUGUUUGGAGUGCGGACUCCAGAUCCCGGCGACCUUCUGCCAUUGCAGAUGGCAGUGGUGCUUUUGUUAGUGGCCUGCAUGCAGGGGGGCAGCGGCAAGAGAUUUCGGGUUUAUCAGCUGUGGGUGCAGAAGCAGACACUGGUCAGUGGACACCGAGUGGACCAGAAGGCCAAAAGCUGUCAUGGUUGGAGUCGCAGGUUGUGGGCCAGAUCAGACAUGAGAUGAAGAGGCGGUUGGUUUGCCUCUGUCUGUCGAAAUCCUUGGAGGAACAUCCACAUUGGAAGACAAAGGCACUAAAGCAGGAGGAUAGUGAGAAAAGGUGCAAGGGAGAAGGUGUGGGAGCAAACAAGGGGGAAAAGGAUGGACCGUCACGGGAUGCUGAGAAAGAAGACAAGGAACUGGAGAGUGCACUGCGGAUUGCAAAGGAUAAGUGGGGUAUUAACCUUCCAGAGCUGCUUAUGUCGCUUUCUCUGCUUGCGAGCCGAAGGCAGCGUUUAUACUUCCUAUGUGAGCUGUCAUCAGCUCUUGCCAAUUUCUUGAAGGCAGGUUCUACAGGAGGUCAGAUUCAGAUUCGUCACUGCCCGUCCACGGAAGCAGGCUUGGACAUUACAGCUGUUGUUGCUUUGGAAACUCCUUGGGUGCUCGUCAAGGCAGUUCUUGCCGCCGGUGCAGCAGUUGCUGCGACUUCAGUAACCGUGCUGACGCAGGAUGCGGACGUCGUCUUGUGGGGAGGGGUGUGCCCACGAAUGUCAGCAUGUGAAGAGAUCUUGCUCAGCUCUGCAGGCUCCCUACCCUUGGCUCAGGUGCAUGAGAUAGUGCGGUUUUCAUCAGCAGUUCUCAGACUGGGUCAGGACACUCGAAAAGAAGGCGGAGAGGAACCGGUAGGAAAGGAUGAUUGGAUUGGGCGGCGGGAGCAAGUUUGCCAGGCAAUAGCAUUCUUUCUGUUUGUUGCAGCCUCAUGGCUGGGCCGGAGAUCUCGGUCACUUCUUGCACUCCUGCAACCAUGUGCCGGUUUAGAUGCCGGGGCGACCUCAAUAUCAUUGGUCCUCCCAGGUGUGCAUGAGAACAGUAUGGACUGGUUUGAGCAGCUUGGCAAAGCAGAUGUGGCUGGGGGUGCAGGAGAGGAAGCAGGGAAUGGGAGCGUGGAGGGUGCCUCCAAAGAAGGGAAGGAAGGCGACAGCAAUCCGAUAUCCGUGGAUGACAUGUGGCGCAUUCUGGGAGUGGGGUUGUGGGAUAGAAUGCUGCGGUGUUUGAGGAAGUUCCUGCACACAGGCAAAAGCAGGGUGUAUGAGAGGAGGUAUUCUAAGGGUGCAGGCACAGGGACGAUCGAAAUGCGAUCUCGUCUGCCGAACUCAUUGCCGGGAGCCUCCGGGAUGACCUCGGGGAGCUUUGGAACAAGGCAUGCGGCUUCGCCCUCUCCUCCGAUGUCACCUCGUAAGUCUCUGCUUAGCCUUGGGAAGAGUUUGCUGAUGCCGAAUCCACCUGCGCUGUUAACGAUUCCAGCUGGACCUGUGGGGGGAGGGCAGGGGGAGUGGAUACUGGGAGUGGAUGCUCAACAAGCUCUGGAAUUACCGACUGCUGAUUCUAAAGGAGGAGCAAAGAUGGCCAAGUUUGAGGAAGUUGGCGAGUGUCUGCUGGCUGCAGUUGCGUGUAUUUCGUCUGGCCUGAAGCAGCAAGUUGCAGACUAUGUUGUUCAGUCCAUAAUUGUGGCUCAUGAAGAUGCAAGUGCUGCGGGCGAGUCUGUGGGAAUGCCCAAUUUCACGCCUCUGGUGUUAUGGCUGCUGAGUGAAGCACCAGUCGGGUUGUCCCAAAUGUCACAGAACUUUCCAUCCCAGGAGAGCACAAGUGGUCCUCUUGUUAGGCAUGGUAUGGGCUCUCCAUUUGCUGGUAUUACUACUUCAUCCCUGCAUUCGUCAUUUACUUCCGCACUGUCAAUGUUACCUGCUGUGCUGUCUUCCGGCACAGGAUUGGGCCUCGGGUCAGGCCUGGGUGCAUUAUCGGGCCUCACAGGGCGUACCGCGCUUGAAGGAGUUUCACAAAAUGCCCUGCCAAACAAAGGCCAAUACCCUCCGGAAAGGUUUCCUGAAAUUGUCCCGCAGCUGGAAACGAAAGAUGAAGCUUGUCGAGAAUUAUGGAAAUUGCUUGUGGAGCGGAACAACCUUCGGGGAAGGCUUGGGCUUGAAGGUCUAUCUGCUGCACUAUUGGGCAGGGACUCUGGUGGUGGUGGGGGUGGGGGAGGAGGAGAGGGUGGAAGUGGUGGAGCACGAGGCGGUCAUGCUGGAAUGGGUGGUUCUGGAGGCGUUGGAGGCCUACUGAAUAGGAACUUCUUCAAGCAUGGUGGUGAUAGUAAUCAUUUCUAUGGCCAUGAAGGUGGUAGCGCUGGUGUGCGGGGAAGAAACACGACAUUAGCGGAUGACCAGUUUGGUAAUGCACAGAGCCAUCACCGUUGGAUGUCAUUUGGUGAGAUAAAGGAGGUGUGGAGAAUGCCAGGCGAGCUUCUUGAGGCUGUCUGCAUCAACUCUCUGAAUUCGGCACACCUGGCGAUUGCGACGAAUCGUAAGGGGCUUUCAUUCUGGAAUCUAGACAAGCAUGAGCCUUUGACACUGGCAUCUAAUGGAGAUAUGAGGAAGGUUGUGGAUGGUAGCAAGAUGGCACAGGAGUCUCACAGCUUGGCUAAUGGAAGCUUGCCGGCGACGGCUGAGAAAAGACCGAUGGGAAAAGCACCAUCGAAAGGUGGAGGUCGAGUGCCUUCUAUUCGUGUGCGUGGUGGAAGUGGAGGUGCAGGAUAUGCUCUAGGUGUUCCUGGCGGUGGCGGCAUCGGCGCAUGGAGUUUCGGAUGGGACGAAUGGGAGGAUGUUGGCGAAUGGCCAACAUCCUUCCCCACGGUAGAGACCGUCUCCUGUAAGCUCCCCGAACGAAGAACCAAUGUUGAUAUCCUAUCUGGCGAUCGGCGCCCGGACUACAGAUGGCAGAUCCUAUCUAGGCUUCUCUACAAUGCCGCUGAUGACGUCAACAGCUCCCCGAAGUACGAGCAGAUCUCAGCCAAUGCCGCACGCUUCAAGCACCAGUUUGGCGGCCAUGUAGCAAAGGCGUGCUACGGAACUAUGGCGUCAUCGCCAGUCGCAGCUCCGUACUUCACGGGCCCGGUCAACGCGGUGCGAUUCGACGUGACAGGUCAGCAGUUCGUAUCUGCAUCUGGAAAUGGAACGGUGUCCACGUGGUCGGUGGAAAGUGGCCUGAUGCCCAAUUGUGGGGGCCUAAUAGGGCCAACAGAGAUGCGACAGUGCUUCAACAAACAUGCCUGUGAUGCUGAGUUCAUCGGUGGGAACAUUGUUAUCGGCGCUGGUACAAACUCCACUGGAGAAGGGUUAGUCAUGUGGGAUACGCUGUGCCCACCAACAAGUGGAAGAACAGGCAUACACUGCCAUGACGGUGCUGCACGGUCUGUUGCUUUGAUCGAUGUAAACGGAAGGGAAGGAAGCUCAUUUCUUAUUGCAAGUGGUGGAAGGGGAGGGGACCUAGACGUCCAUGAUCUUCGCUACAUGUUCAGUGGUGCUAUGAAAGGGUCCAGAAUGAAGGGUGCAAAUGGAUCUCUGUGGCAUAUUCCCAAGGCACAUACAGCGAGUAUAACAAGUCUUGCAGCAAUCCCUGGGACAUCACUGUUCUUAACAGGCAGCAAGGAUGGUGACGUGAAGCUUUGGGAUGCAACCAAUUGUCGGCAAUUGAUUUGCUGGCAAAGAGUAUGUGACAGGCGAACAUUUAUUAAUGCUCGUGGCUUCGGAACUGUCAUGAAGGCUGCCGUCAUGGAUGUUCUACCGACGCCACGUGGGUUUCUCACCUGUGGUGCUGAUGGGCUUGUCAAGUUGUUCCCUUACCAUUCAUUCAGCCGAGGGGCGUGGGUCUGAGUCGGGGUAGUCGCGAGAACAGCUCGCCAACGAACCGUCUCGCCGUCUGCAAAAGGAGUGAUGACGGAAAUCAAUCUCUUGCAGGUGAACGCACAAAAGAUUGUAGAUACCGUGGAGACGUCGACUCGCGCGACAGCGAAUUCAAGACGGAGACGAGGAGAUAAUAACAAUGCGGCAUGCUAGGGGAGUAGAACAGAGGUUGAUGGACAUCGAUUUUGAUGUCGGUUCUGACAUCCAACGUCAGACAUCUUGUGUAAAGACAGUUGGCCGGUGUGUGCAUCCGGCUUCUUCACCAUUCUCAUGUGUCUCUGUCGUCUUCGACGCGCUCAUGUGCAGAUGUAUGGGGUCGACAAGGUGAGUUGGUUAUUUGUCUGAGGGGCGCAAUGUCUCUUCCUUUUCUUGUAUGUGUGUGUGUGAGGUGGGAUGGGGUGGAGGGGAGGGGGAGGAGGAAGAAGGGGGGGGGCAGGAGCAGAGGGGGGGGAAUAAUAGUGGCAACAUCUCAUUGUCGGCAUCACUUGUCAGAUGGUUUGUGUGCAAACACUUCCAGAAGGUGUAAUCGUGUAGGCCCUUUAGGGUUCUAAGGUUUUAGGGGUUUAGGGUUCUAAUUUUUUUGGGUUUUAGGGUUUUAGGGUUUUAAGGUUUUAGAAUGUGUGACAAUAUCUAUAUAUCGGUGAAACUGCAACGAAACGGUUUGUCACAUCCCCUCGUUUGUUGUCCGUUUUCUCCCUCUCUGCCUUCGGUUUACCUGGCUGCUUCGUUUGACGAUAUAUAUGUGUGUGUGUGUGUGUGUGUGUGUGUGUGUGCGUGUGUGUGUGUGUGUGUGUGUGUGUGUGUGUGCGUGUGUGUGUGCGUGUGUGUGAAAGAAACGCCACCAUGUAGGCCACCUACAGUGGCGUGGAGGACGGCAGCGAGAGUCAUCCAUCAUGCCCCAUGCGCCCCGGUUGCUUCGCCGCCACAAAUCAAGGUCUAAGGUUCAGAAAUUUUGACAUUAUGUUGUGGACACUGGACAUCAUUUUGUCUCUGUCUCUUCCGCAGAUUAUGGUCACUGGAGCUUAGCACUUGGAAGUUAUUGAUUAAUUCCACGCUUUGGCCAAAAUGAUCUGUUCUAUGUUAAACAACGUAAACCUCAAUGCCUUGUCUCUAUUCCAGCAGCAGCCCGCCCUCAUUGCCCUUGCGUCAUCUGAUCGUGAUGCGAUGUCCCGGGAUUGCCGUGCGUGAACGAUGAGUGAUUGGCGCUGCUCGCUUGGAUCGACAUAUGGAUCACAAAGCCAGCAUCGUGUUUUGUUUCUUCACGCCGAUUCGUCACCUAUAUUCCAGCAGCAACCCUCCCUCGUACGUCUUGCGUCAUCCGAUCGUCAUGCUAUGUCCUGGGAUUGCUGUGCGUGAACGAUGAUCGAUUGGCGCUGCUCACUUGGUCCCACGUAUGGAGGACAAAGCCAGCAUCGCUUUUUGUUUCCUUCUUUCUUUAUUUUCUUGAAAACGAAGCCAGCAUCGCCGUUGUCAUUUAAAUUGAUUUAAUCGUAUCGCUCGGUGUAGGCUGUCGAAAGCCAACGGACUCAAUGGGACAGGAUUUGAACUUUGGAGCUGUCCAUUCUCUUUUUCUUUUUUUUUUUUCUUUUUUUUUUUUCUUUUUUUUUUUUGUUUCGUUUUUCCGUUGACCCUUCUCAUGUGAAAACGCCUACAUGUCGGUCCGUACCUGCCUUGUAGAACAGCUAGCAAGGGGACUGAAGAAGGAGACAGGGAGACGAUAGGUUGAGGCGUCGAUGAUUACGCAAUUAUGCAAUUACUGAGCGGUAAUCAGUAAUAAUUUACUAAUUAGUAAUUACUGGUUUUUUUUUUGUUUUGUUUUUUUUCAUUAGUGCACACUGUGCAGUUUGUAGAAGAGAUCGGCAUCAAUCACAUGCUUCAGUCACGAGCUGAGCUAGCUCUCCGUUCUCUGUUCAUUACCCGGCGCGCAGCUGGCACGCUUUCUGUGGAGAUCAG